AUGAAUCGGCUCAUGAAGGGGAAGCUCGCUGGCCCACCCUGAGACAAGAAUGGCACCGCCCUCUGGGUGCAGCCUCCUUGUGAUCGGUGCACUGGGCGUCUUUGCUCUUGACUGCUUCGCGAGAGCUCAGAAGAACAGCACGCUAAUUUUCACGAAGGAAAACACCAUUCGGAAGUGCAGCUGCUCUGCAGACAUCCGGGACUGUGACUACAGUUUGGCCAACCUGAUGUGCAGCUGUAAAACCGUCCUGCCUUUUGCAGUCGAGCAAACCAGCUACAAUGACCAUCUGACCAUCUGGUUCACAGACACAUCUGCACUGGGACCCCUGUUGAACUUCACGCUGGUCCGGGACCUGAAGCUUUCUCUGUGCAGUGCCAACAUUCUCCCCACUGAGUACCUGGCUAUUUGUGGUCUGAAGAGGCUUCGUAUCAGCACCGAGGCCAAGCAUCCCUCCCCAGAGCAGAGUUUACUCAUCCACGAUGGUGGGGAGAGAGAAACCAGAGAGAAGCCCAUGCUGUUACACCAAGGCUGGCAAACCUGUAUGUCCGUCUCCUUCUUAGAUAUGGCACUUUUCAACAGGGAGUCAUCCUUAAAAUCAUACAGUAUUGCAAACUCUGCCAGCAUGGCCAGCAACUUCCCCUACUUUUCCUACUUUAAAACCUUCCCAGUUCUAAGCAACAAAAGCUAUGUUGUCACAUUCAUUUACUAACAUUGUAGCUGUGUCCAACCUUUGGGACCUUUGGCACAUUAUGGAUCAUUUCACCAAGGAAUCUGUGAACAAGGUCACGGGUAUUCCUAUCCUCAACUUCACUUCACCCCCAGCCCCCAUUCUGCCGGCCCCCUCUGCUCUGCCCAUGCCCAU